UCCAAGAUCCACAACCAUCCAUUAUCAUUUUAGAAAAUAAGGUGCCUGUUACCUUUUUCGCCUUUCUCUGCUUGGCUAUUGGCAGAGCUCUAAGCCAUGUCUUGUCUCUCUAGAGAGAGAGAGAGAGAGAGAGAGAGUGUGUGUGUGUGUGUGACAAACAAAACAGAGAACCCCGCAACCCAGAAAGCAGCAAAUGCCACACGGUGGUAGCGAUAGCACUCUAGUGAAAGGUAAAGCAGUACAUCCACCACAACAUCAAGCUGGGCUACUCUAAAAUUUGCUAUUUGAAAGACUUGUUUAGAUUCUCCUCCAUUUCCUUGCUCAUAGAAGUAUCCAGCGGCUUUAUUUAGUAAUUCUGGGGCAUAUUUUUGCUCUGAGCAACAUUCCCUGAAUCGCUCUGGCGGCUUUACGUCUCUUAUUCUUGGGGGGUCCUCUUGGAACUAUUCAAAUGAUCCUAAUCUUGGACGGGCACCCAGAAGUUGUGAAUUUGGGCAGACUUUGCUGUUGGUCUUGUUUGUCCCUUUGAAAAAUGCUUGUUGCUUCAGUGACGAAGUAAAAUCAUAGUCUUUGAUUUCUUGGAAUUGCUUUUUAGCGUAUGUGAUUUGAGUAACUUGUUAGAUACAAGAAAGAAACAGAUGGCAGCAGAGUCAAACUCAGGGUUUCGAGGUGAAGAUAUAGGUUCUGCCUUGAACCAGCAUGCAAUAUCGUUUCAGUCUGGUUCUAUAAACAAUUUGUCCGAGAUGGUUCCUAUGGGUACUUACUUUGGCUUGAACAGUACUUCUGGGUUGAUAUAUUCUGGAAACACGGGCAUGAUUAGCAGUAACUCUGUCAUAAGUCAAGCCAAUAAUUCAUCAGGUUCUUCGCUUCUUCUUGAUUCGGUCCCAGGCCUGAAGCAUGAUACAGUAUUAGCUGUUGAAUGGUCUGUUGAAGAACAGUACAGAUUGGAGGAGGGCCUAUCUAGAUAUGCUGACGAGCCAAGCAUCAUGAGGUAUAUCAAGAUUGCUGCCACAUUACCUGAUAAAACUGUCCGUGAUGUUGCUUUGAGGUGUAGGUGGAUGACAAGGAAGCGAAGGAAGCCAGAAGAACAUAAUGUGGGAAAAAAGGUCAACAAUAGAAAGGAUAAGCCUGCAAUGCCAAGCUCUGAGACAAAUUUGCAUUUGGCUCUGCCCCAAAGCAUGGUCACCUAUUCUGAUAUGUCAAACCAUGUGGAUCAAAGCAAAAGGACACCAUGCGAUGGAAUUUGUGGUCCUAUGAAGCAACUCUUGGAGCAGAAUGCUCAAGCUUUUUGUCAAAUCACUGCCAAUUUAUCUACUUACAAGUUUCAGGAUAACAUCGACCUCUUUUGCCAAACAAGGCACAACAUUAGUACCAUCCUUAAUGACAUGAGAGAGAUGCCUGGCAUAAUGAGCCAAAUGCCCCCAUUGCCUGUUUCCAUCAAUGAGGAUCUUGUGAAUCGUAUAUUAUCUAAUAAAACUUAGAGGGUAAGUUGCCGACUCCAUCAACAUUGCAACCUGCAAGAUAGCAACCCCGAAGCGCACCAUCGGUUUAGAAGUUCAUUCCUAUGUGGAAGUAUAAUCUGCAGAUUUUUGGGGCGCUGGCUGCAUGCGGGUUGAGGAGCCUUGGGCAUAACUGAUAUCUGCGCAACUCCAUGGUUUUGCCAGGGUUUUUAAUCUUUGAUCUAACUACUUCCUGGUUUUAUUUAUUGUCUAGAGGAACUUGUACUCCGUUUGUAUAAAAGUCAUUUUCUUUCAAUUAAAGUAGGAAAUCCAUUAUUAUAACAAUGCUCUGAGCUGAAUGCACCUUCAUUGGUUUCAAAUUAUUGGUAUUUGAAUGAUGACGUAGGAACUGUGGAUCUGUCAUAUUUUUCUUCCCUGGAUUUCUUUAAACUUGCUCAACGAUUGAAUUUAAUGGUAAAUAGUUGUUUUGUGGAAA